AUGAGAUCGGUAACCCCUGAUUUGGACCCUUCCCAAGCCAUCGAUGAGGAGCCGAGUCGGAAGAUGCGCGAAACCUGCAACGCCUGUCAAGCAGCCAAGAUAGGCUGCGGACAUCAACGUCCCAGGUGUGCACGAUGUGAAAAGCAUGGUCUCGUGUGCAUAUACUCCAUGUCAUUGCCAUUGGGAAGGCCUGCAAAGAACAAAGUCAAGCGUUCUCGGCCGGUCUCAGGCGAGCAGAUGAGAGGCCUUCGGUCAUGCUCUGCUAAUCGCGUGGUUCGGCAGGAAAAAGAUACGAGGGAAUCGAGAAGGCGGCUACAACCGAGUCUAAGAGUAAGCAGAGACUCGGUUUCGUCGCACAGGAGCGACUCGAGUGUCGAGGAGGUCACAUCCGAGGUUGGUGACUUGAAGGUGCCUGGUUGUACAGAUGUUACGGCAGUUGGAUUCUUUGAGACUGGUGAUCCUAUCGGGGACUGGAUCCUGGAGCAGGAGUGCGCUAUCGCCCGGGGAGCAGGACCGGUUGACUAUUCAGGGUUAUUCCACAAUUUGACCUUCGAGAAUAGGUCCAUUCCAAAGAAUCCCACCUUCCAGUCAGGAUUUAAACCGUUGUGCAUUCCGUGGACUCGCUUUCCAAUACAGAACCAGGGCCUUCCCGCACUUGGCCAUAUGGCGGACUCAUCUCUCACUAUUCAUAUUGUGGAUAGAGGAUUGGCCUUUGCCAAUAUAGCUGCACCGAUGACUGAGAGCAGGGCAUACUUUCCAGCUCUAUUAUGCACCCCCGGUACUCCCAUUGCGAACGAAGAUGAGGCCUUCUAUCCAAUGCAGGAUCCAUGGAGAGUUCCUGGGAUGCCCCCCAGCAACUUUUUCUCGGGCCCUAUGGACACUUGCAGCAUGGAUCAGUCUCUUUCGUCAGGAGAGAGCGAUACAGAGUCACUUUCCGAAGGAGCCUCCUCCCUUCGCUGUGAUUGCCACGAACUGGCAUCUAGCGAAGUUGUUCGAGCAGUGGAGUCAAAGAGUACCCGGAGGAUGCUGUUUCACCUGGGAAGGGUGCAGCAUCAGGCAGAGAGAAUACUCGAAUGUCCCUUCUGCAGCGUGUCCAAAUCCCGGGCUAAUGUCUUCAUACUCAUAGUCAUGGCAAUCGACACGGUGCUGCCCAUAUUGGAGAUGACGGCGACAUCGGCCAGUGUCGAUGUGGAUGGAGAAGUUCGCUCGGCUCGAGGGGAAGUGGUGGACCUCAGCCAGUCACGGGCAUGUCUGUCUAACUUGUCAUUUGUUGUUCGUCAGAUUUAUAAAGUCUUGCUUUCUGCCUCCCCUUCUGAUGGGCAGUUGGCCUUGGCCGAUGAGACAGACCGGCGACUGCGAUUGAUUAUUCAGUCGAUUGAGUGA